UCUGGCAUGUCUUAUUUUUGUGUUCCCUUUAUUUUUUUGGAGCGGCAUAUUUUAUUCAUGUCUUUGCAGCAUCCAACGAUGUGAACAAGGUGAUAGAGAUCAAGCUGUCCCUGCUGGGCACCAUGUCAGGCAGUGCUGCAGACUGUCAGUACUGGGAGAGACUCCUGUCAAAGAACUGCAGACUUUACAGGCUGAGGAACAACCACCGGAUCUCUGUGGCUGCUGCCUCUAAGCCGUUGUCUAACAUGAUGCUGGGCUACAGAGGAAUGGGCCUCUCCAUGGGGAGCAUGAUCUGUGGAUGGGACAAAGAGGGUCCUGGUCUGUACUAUGUGGACAAUAAUGGGACGCGUCUGUCUGGCGGCAUGUUUUCCACCAGCUGUGGGAACAGCUACGCCUACGGUGUGGUGGACAGCGGCUACAGGGAAGAGAUGAGAGUAGAGGAGGUGUAUGAACUCGGCCAUCGGGGCAUCGCUCACACUACACACAGAAACGACUACUCUGGUGGAGUGACUGAUGCCUGA